AUGCCGCCGUUGUCUUUACAUGCCGAAAGUAGGUCGAAUCGUCAAAGUGUGCGGCCGGAACGCCAACUGUCGACUUCUGUAGCCCGAGCUACAGAUAACGCUGGGCCUGACCUGUUCGAUCAAGAAAACCACCAGCCGACACUUAACAAACAGACAGCUGUAGAUCAGCCUAGACAGGCCGGCGAGGCUCGCAUAUCUGAAACAACGCAGCUAGAGCAACGAGCGAAUCGAGACGUAGAGAGUGUCGAAGAAACCAUUCGCCAAGAACGAUUGAGGCGUCAGCCACAAGAGCAGCCGCGACAAACACAAAGCCAAGGCAGAGAAAAGCGAAAGAAGAUGAAUCAAGCAAGAUCUUUCGGUGACUCUCUACCUGUCGCUGCAAACGCGUUCAGAACCGCACGCGAAAUGUAUCAAGAAUCCGAGUCAUCGGCGAGCGCCCUCGACCAAGGUCAAUCGUACUACCCAUGCGAACUUGAAGGUGGGCCUCUAAACCUUGCUGCUAUCGUUCGAGGGUUAGGUUCCUAUAGCGAUGAUGAUUAUGAUGACGAUAGCGACGAUGGUGUCAGACAUGGCAGAAAUACCUACCCGCAACCAGCGAAAUCAGGGGAAUUGCAGGAGAAAGAAAUACAGAAUUUCUUGACAAUGCCAGAAAUCGACAUUUCUCCGGAACAGCGAAAGAGCACGCCGGCUUCGAUGUCCUGUACCCUAAUGGAACAUCAGAAGGUUUGUCUGACUUGGUUGAUACAGCAGGAAGAAGAUAUCCACAAGAAGGGGGGUAUUCUAGCAGAUACCAUGGGCCUUGGUAAGACUGUUCAAGCACUGGCCUUGAUUUUAGCACGCCCUUCAAAAGACCGCAUUCACAAAACAACAUUGAUUAUCGCUCCGCUCUCCCUCCUCAAACAAUGGGAGAGGGAAAUUCAGACCAAGGUCAAACCAGCCCAUAAGCUGAAAACUGUCAUAUUGCAUGGUCAGAUGAAGCGCGGAAUGACUGUUCCUAGACUCCUCACCUACGACGUCGUCCUAACCACCUACGGAACCAUCAUCUCCGAGUAUAAAAGCCUGUCAAGUAUGAAGAAGAAACCGCUAAUACUAGCUAAUAAUGUCAUCUUCCAUCGAAUCAUUCUCGAUGAAGCCCACUCCAUUAAAAACAGACAGGCUAAAGCUUCAGUAGCUGUGUCCAGGAUUAAGUCAACUUACAGACUUUGUAUGACGGGGACACCGUUCAUGAACAAAGCUGAGGAAAUAUUUCCACUUAUCCGUUUUCUUCGUAUUAAGCCUUAUAGUGAAUGGGAUGCAUUCAACAAGGAAAUCAAUAGGCCGCUGAAGAGUUGGAAUGAUAACCUCCACGAUAGCGCCUUGAGGAAGCUACAGGCUCUAUUCAGGAGUAUAACCCUGCGGCGGACUAAGACGAGCAUGCUUGACGGCAAACCCAUCCUCCAGCUACCGGCACUCGUGAAAGAAGAGGCUACAACUAAGUUCAAUAAGGACCAGCAGGACUUUUACGACGCUCUCGAACAGAAACAGCGACUCAAAGUGAACGAGUUCAUCAAGGCCGGGACGAUAAUGAGGCAGUAUAGUUACAUUCUUGUAUUACUACUGCGCCUACGUCAAGCCUGCUGUCACCCACAUUUGAUAAAGGAUUUCGGUAUUCCGGAGGGCAUACAACUUUCGUCGGAGGAAAUGCGUCGACUCGCCCUGAGGCUCAAACCUAACGUCGUGAGGAGGCUCAAAGCACAGACUGAAUUUGAAUGCCCGCUCUGCAACGAAGCGACUGAAAACCCCCUCAUAAUAUACUCCUGUGGUCAUUCGAUCUGCAGUACUUGUUUUUCUGCCAUGAUGGAGAUCCGAGAUCCGAAUUCCGAACAGCAGAAUAUUUGCCCGCAUGAAAAUUGCGAUUCGGAAAUCAACCCCGAGCGGAUCAUCUGCCACUUUUCUUUCGUAGAAGCACAUACGCCUGAGAAGCUUGGAUUGGACGACAGUGAUGACUCGGAUGAUGAUUCGGACGGGUUCGAAAGUGUAGAGGACUCGGAUGAUGACGUAGAUGCACGCGGAAACUUGAAGGGCUUCAUCGUAUCGGGAGACGAGGACGAAGAGGAAGACGAAGAAGACGAAGAAGUUGAAGAGGAAGAAGAACAGAAAGAAAAAGAAGAUAGUUCGGAUGUAGGAGAUGAUUCUACUUCUCAAAAGGCAAAGCCUAUACAGCCCGAGGUCUCUACUGAUGCGAUAUGGAAGGACGUUUCUGCCAACAAGGAGUUCCUAAAUGAAAACCCCGCAGAAGACUCCGAUGAUGAUUCUCUAAUGUCCCUGGAGAAAAUCUGGAAACAAGUUGAAGCAAUGAAGUACACCGGUAAAGAUAAAUCUGAACAGUCCAAGAAACGCAAAGCCCCGUCCGACUCGGUAUCAGACGUUGGUGCGGAUGUAAAGAAAGCAUCUCAGACCGGGGGUAAGCGAAAACGUCCUAAUCAUGAGAAUGUUGCCAGGUCAAAGAAGAGGAAGACGAACACGAACAGCGCGGUCAGCAGGAAGCGGCAUCGAAAUGGGAAGACUAAGUUCACCUCUAUGGCAGCUCUGAAGAAAGCCAGCUCAAGCAAUGCCGCCGCGAAGGCGAAAUAUCUAAAACGUCUCAGGAAGGAUUGGGUCCCAAGUGCCAAAAUUACCAAGACGAUGGAGAUAUUGUCCGCAAUUAGAGAGAAGGAUCCUAAGGAAAAGACGCUCAUCUUUAGUUUGUGGACAUCCUUCCUUGACUUGCUUGAGAUUCCCAUGCACGACCAAGGCUUCAAUUAUACGCGCUAUGACGGAACAAUGCAUCAUGACGACCGAGAUGCCGCCGCGAAGAAGUUUAUGAACGACCCUGAGGUGCAGAUCAUGCUGGUCAGCUUGUCGGCUGGCAAUGCAGGGCUGAACCUCACGGCAGCAACCCAGGUCAUCAUACUCGAACCCUUCUGGAAUCCAUUUGUUGAGGAGCAGGCCGUUGACCGUGCUCAUCGUAUCGGCCAAAAAAAGGAGGUCACUGUCCACCGUGUCUUGAUCGAUGGGACGGUCGAAGAUCGCAUCCGCGAGCUACAGGAGAAGAAACGUAGGCUAGUCAAUGCGGCCCUUAGCGAGGAGGGCGCCCGAGGUGUUGGCCGGUUGAGCCUUUCGGAAUUGAGGGGCCUAUUCGGUCUUCGCUAA